AUGACUAAGACACAAAAGUUCUACGGAUCCUUUGGGUCAAGGUUAGAAAUAAUACUAGAAUAUGGUUUACUGGAAAUUGAUGCUUCCAUCCAAGAUAAAUACUUUUCUACAGGAGAUGGCAAUGUAAAUUCAAUACCAGUGAAAACACAGGAAAGAAAUAUAAAGGCUAAAGAGCAAGAAAAGUUCCGUGAUUUUGAAACAAAAACGGACAGGGUUCCAAAACCACAACCUUUGAAAGUGAGGAAACUAACCAGCGAAGAGAAAUAUGCUGUUGUAAAUAUGCCUCAAUGCAUGCAAGGAAACCACCAGGCAAAAGCUGUUAGUUUUCCUGAAUUACAAAUAAUAGGGAAAGAGGUGUACCUUAGUCCCAAAGUUACCAGUCCGACGAACUCGUCUUGCAAGCUUCCAUCCUUAUCAAAUACCAGGAGGAACAUUCACGUCAACCACAGCAUGCGCUCUCACGAGCUCACAACCUCUUUACCGCUUCUGGCCAAAUUUCCUUUAAAAGCUGAACAAAAAACUCAACCAAAACCAAACGAAACAGGGAUGAACAUCAUCGGAAAACAAACGUAUCUUGACCACAGAUCUAUGGAAAUACCGAUUCCAUCUAGACAAAAUAAAUCUUUCCAAGGCUUGAACCUGUUGAAGUCUGCUGAGCAGAUGACAAAGAGCAAAAGUGGUGGUGAUCAUAGUCUUAUGAAACAACACGCAUCCUAUGGUAGAAGACAAGAAUUGUCAAUCUGCAAACAAAAACCUCUUUCUGAAAGAAAAGCAAAAGCAAUGGUUGGUCAAAAAGCACGUGAAGAUAAUCGAAGUUGUGACCGUCGGAAGGAGAGAAUGAGAAUCACAAGAGAAAUGGAGUCCACUACGAACAAGAUUCUGCAAAUUUGUAAGCGAUCAUACCAAUAAAGAAUGUUAAUGGCAAUGCCAUCCACCCCCCGCGCCCAGUU